AUGGACCCUUUAAUUGUGAACACUGAAGCAUCCCAACAACAGCAACAAGCGCUUCAAAGUGGUUCACUUCCAGACCAUGAAUGGUUUGGACAAGCUAUUGAAGUUGAGGAUGCAAGUGAUCCUUAUUUUGCCAAUCCCGAAUAUUCAAUUGAAUACUUUAAAAAAUCCAAAUUGAAAGCCAUUAUUAAAUAUGUCACUGAGAACUCAUUAUUUGCCCUCGCUAUGGCUGCACAAAUGAAUAGUUCAAUUCACAUCGACCUUACAACAAUCACUCGAAUAGAUGCCAUAUUUUUUCUAAUGAUUUUGGCUUGGGAAUUGUCCCUUGAUAUACAAUAUAUGCACAGCAUGCAACCCGACUUCCUCCAACGAAACAACAUCAAUGCCAAUGUGCGUUAUGCAGUUAUUGAAUGGCUGAAAACGGUGCAUUGGUAUUUUCAAAUUCCAACGCGAACUUUGCAUGUAGCCGUAGAACUUAUGGACCUCUACGCUAUGCUUCAUCCCAUACUAAUUCAAGAAUACCAACUUCUGGCUUCAGCGGCUCUAGCUCUAGCGUCUCGAGCUAGAAAUUCUGAUUUCCGACCCAAUUAUUACCUCUUUUCUCGUAUUUCACAGUAUCAAUGGACUCAGCAUCAGGCUAGAUUGGCUUCCGAUUACCUUUUUGAUUUGGGCCUAAAUAUGGAUCCCCUUUAUUCCUUUUCUGCAAGUGUUCGUUGCUGUGCCGUGCUUUUACUUCUUCGUUUCCUUCUGAGGCGGUAUUGUAAUUGUUCGGACUCGGAUUCGGGUGUAGGAGAUUUGUGUCCCUAUGAGAACAUCCCCAUGUGGCCACCGGAAAUGGUGAACCUUACCACCUGUGUGGACAAUGAGGUUUUACGAGACGCUGCUAUGUACUACGCAUUAAUUCUUUUCAGAGUUGUAGAUGUGUGUGUUCCAUUUUACUUGGAAAAUCAUCGUGAUACGGAAAAUUCGUGCACCUUCAACAAGUACAUUAGGCCCGACUAUGAAAGCAUUGCACUGGAUCCAAUACUCUGUCGAAUGAGGAUUGAGGAUUUGUCCGAAAUUCGUGAACUUGAAUGA